ACAGCUGGAUAAUGUAGUGUAGACUAUAAUGCCACUAAUUUCAAAUUGUACUAGGACUUUAGGAGAAUAUUUUACACACGCUUAGUGUAAGACAGGAUUACUGCAGAGAUCAGAACAGACAGGAGUUUAGAUAUUAUGUAUGACGGUUCCAGAGAUGACGUUUCAAUGGAAGCCGAAUAUGCAAAUUUGGAGAAACCCCGUCUCCAGAAGGUAAACGAGCAGGGACGUCAACCCUCAGGAGGCGAUGGGACAUGGAGCAGAUAUUCCAGGUUGUUGGCAGCGUUUGCAGUGUGUGUAGCACUGCUGUGUGUUCUCCUGCUGAGCUUCGCUGUAAUGCAGUCUGUGAAACUCAAUGAUAUGACCGGAGAAAGAGACCGGUUGCAGAUCAGUUAUGACAACGUGAGUGUUGAGAGAGACCAGCUUCAGGGUGAGAGAGAUGAAUUGCAGAAGUGGAGUAAAAUGUGUAAUUAUACCAUCCAGCAGAGUCUAAAGUAUUUCAUCACAAAGAGGACGAGCUGGAACAAUGCUAGAGAGGAAUGCAGAUCGAAAGGAGCUGACCUGGUGAUCAUCAACAGCCGAGAAGAACAGGUAUAUAUCAGUAAAAUGUUUACUGGUGAGGCUUGGAUUGGUCUACAUGACACUGUUCAGGAAGGGAAGUGGAUGUGGGUGGACGGUACAGAAGUGACCACAGAAUUCUGGUGGAAAGGAGAACCUAAUAACUACGAUGGAAAUGAGGACUGCACUGCAACUGGCAGCAAAUUUGCUAAAGCUGAACUUAUAACAUGGGCUGAUUAUCCAUGUGAAACUGUUUUGCAGGCAAUUUGUGAAAAAAGGGCAAAUAUUUAGAGCAGUUUUAUUUCAAGAAAAAUCAGUAUUUUGUUAAUUAAGGUCAACAAAGCCAUGUUUUAAGCCAAAUUCAUCUAGUUUUGUAUAAAGAUAAUCUUGCAGGAGAGUGAUGAGUUUUUUGAAAUAAAUAAUCUGAAAUCAGUAAAAUCAAAUUCUGCAAUCUAAAUGAAAAGAGGAAGAAAAAUGGGGAUAAUAGUCGUACCAGGAAAUGAUUAAACGAGAACUUACAGUGAAAAAAAACAAGUCUCUCUUUCCAUGUUUCAAAUUUUUUGUGUAAGACCUAAAUGUGCCAGAUGUAGUUGGGCUGCACAUUUCUUUGAGACCAGGCAACCCUGUUUUUCCCACACAAAAAAAAAGUCAAAAUCAUUCCACAGACAUUCUGACCAGUCAGAUUCCCUAUGUCA